AUGAGUGGAGCUGUUAUUGUUGCUAUUGCCGCUGCUAUCGGUAAUUUACUUCAAGGAUGGGACAAUGCUACUAUUGCAGGAUCUAUUUUAUACAUAAAGAAGGAAUUUCGAUUAGAAAGUGAACCCACAGUCGAAGGUCUAAUUGUGGCUAUGUCACUUAUUGGAGCCACCGUCGUUACUACAUGCUCCGGUGCCCUAUCAGACUUGCUUGGACGCCGCCCCAUGUUGAUUAUCUCCUCUCUCCUUUAUUUUCUCAGUUCUCUUGUCAUGUUUUGGUCUCCAAAUGUUUAUAUACUCCUCUUCGCAAGACUUUUAGAUGGUCUUGGUAUUGGUCUCGCUGUUACCUUGGUACCUCUUUAUAUAUCCGAGAUUGCUCCUCCUGAGAUUAGGGGAUCACUCAAUACACUUCCACAGUUCACUGGUUCUGCUGGUAUGUUUUUAUCCUACUGUAUGGUCUUCGCCAUGUCACUCACCAACACUCCUAGCUGGAGACUCAUGUUGGGUGUUCUUUCAAUCCCCUCUCUUAUUUAUUUUGCACUCACCAUCUUCUUAUUGCCCGAGUCUCCAAGAUGGCUUGUCAGUAAAGGUCGAAUGCUCGAGGCUAAAAAAGUUUUGCAACGCCUUCGUGGAUGCGAAGAUGUUGCUGGUGAGAUGGCUUUAUUGGUGGAGGGUCUUGGAAGUGGGGGUGAUACAUCCAUAGAAGAGUACAUAGUUGGACCUGCCGACGAAUUAGCGGAUCAAGAGGAUCCAUCUAAGGCUAAAGAUCAUAUCAAGUUGUAUGGGGCCGAACAGGGUCAGUCCUGGAUUGCCAGACCUCUCACUGGACAGAGUUCCCUUGCCCGUAUAUCUAGGAGAGGAAGCAUGGCAGAUCCAACUUCUCUAGUGGACCCUUUGGUGACCCUAUUUGGUAGUGUCCACGAGAAGGUCCCGGAAAAUGGAAGAAUGGGGAGUGCUCUUUUUCCACACUUUGGAAGCAUGUUCAGUGUUGGGGGAAAUCAUCCUAGGAAUGAAGAUUGGGAUGAAGAAAGUCUUGCUAGAGAGGGUGAUGACUAUAUAUCGGAUGCUGCUGCCGGUGAUUCUGAUGACAACUUGCAUAGUCCUUUGAUCUCACGUCAAGCGACUAGUAUGGAUAAGGACCCGCCUCAUCAGGCACAUGGUAUUUCAAACAUCAGGCAAGGUAGUCUUUUACAAGCAAAUGCAGGAGAGCCUGUUGGGAGUGCUGGAAUUGGUGGUGGUUGGCAGUUAGCUUGGAAAUGGGCUGAACGCGAAGGCCCAGAUGGAAAGAAGGAAGGUGGUUUCAAGAGAAUAUAUUUACACCAAGAGGGUGGUCCUGGAUCUAGACGCGGGUCUGUGAUUUCAUUUCUUGGUGGUGAUGUGCCAACAGAUGGUGAGGCUGUACAGACUGCUGCUCUUGUGAGUCAACCAGCUCUUUAUAACAAGGAGCUCAUGCAUCAGCAGCCAGUUGGACCUGCUAUGAUUCAUCCAUCUGAAACAGCUGCAAAAGGGCCAAGUUGGAAUGAUCUUUUUGAACCGGGGGUGAAACAUGCAUUGUUUGUAGGGGUGGGACUUCAGAUACUUCAGCAGUUCUCCGGUAUAAAUGGAGUCCUCUAUUAUACACCACAAAUUCUUGAGCAGGCAGGUGUUGGUUUUCUUCUUUCAAACCUGGGCCUUAGUUCUACUUCAUCAUCUUUUCUAAUUAGUGCAGUGACAACCUUGCUGAUGCUUCCUUGUAUAGCUAUUGCCAUGAGGCUCAUGGAUAUUUCUGGCAGAAGGACUUUGCUGCUCACUACAAUCCCCAUCUUGAUAUUAGCUCUUCUCAUAUUAGUCCUAGGGAGUCUUGUGGAUUUGGGCAGCACUGCAAAUGCAUCAAUCUCAACCAUUAGUGUUGUUGUUUAUUUCUGUUUCUUUGUCAUGGGAUUUGGGCCAGUUCCAAAUAUACUUUGUGCUGAGAUCUUCCCAACUCGAGUUCGUGGUCUCUGCAUUGCCAUAUGUGCUCUUACCUUUUGGAUAUGUGACAUCAUUGUCACCUAUUCUCUCCCAGUUAUGCUGAAUUCUGUAGGCCUUGGUGGAGUGUUUGGUGUGUAUGCAGUCGUGUGCCUCAUAGCUUGGGUGUUUGUCUUCUUGAAAGUUCCAGAAACCAAAGGCAUGCCACUGGAAGUGAUCAUUGAGUUCUUCUCUGUCGGAGCAAAACAGGCUGAGGCAGCCAAUCAUAACUGA